GUUUGGAAUCAUUUUUGUAUGUUUUUGUUUUGAGCAUGUUGGUUCUUGUGGCAAGUAUGCCCUCUUUAGCUUCUUUGGUUAGUUUAGGAGGCAUAAGUGUUGUGGGCAUCAGUGGUUCUUCAUCGGAACCCUCGUGUUAUUCGUUAGUUCAGAGGGUUUCUUUGUUGUCUAAAGGAAAUUAUAGGAGUAAAAAGAGAUUGGUUUGUAGAUAUUCUUUCACUACAACAACAACUACUGCAAUUGAUUUUAUUGCUGACCAGGCCAAUGGGUCUGUGUCUCUUGAUUCUUCUAACACUUACAGAGGAACUAGUACUAGUAAAGAUGAGUGUGCUAAUGAUAAUGGUGAUAGUGAUAGUGGCAUUUUUCUUAAGCCUGCUCCUAAACCCGUGUUGAAGUUGCCGCUGGGGGUUAAGGGUGAUCCGGUUUUGGGGAUAAAUCCAGCCAGUUGGGAUGUGUCGAGAGUGAGUGGGGAUUCAGAUGAGGAGGAGAGGAAUAAGGUUAUUGAGUCGUUGGAUGAAGUGUUGGAGAAGGCUGAGAAAUUAGGGACUAGGAAAGAGAGUGGGAAUGGGAAUGUAAAUAAGAUGACAACGUCUAAUGUGAGUGAUAAUAGAAGAAAUGAUAGGCCUGUGAAUUCAGCCAAAACUCGGAAGACUAAGACACUGAAGAGUGUGUGGAGGAAAGGUGAUACAGUUGCAAGUGUACAAAAGGUUGUUAAGGAAGAACCCAAGAUAGAUAAUAAGAAAGAGGAGCCUAGAAUGGCUGGAAAGGCAAAGGUGGAGUCUCCGUCAAAUUUUCCUUUGAGGCCUGCACAGCCACCUUUGAGACCUCAACCCAAACUACAAGCAAAGCCAUCAGUAGCUCCUUCGCCCAUCAUAAAGAAACCUGUUGUCUUGAAAGAUAUGGGAGCUGCUCCAAAUUUGUCCAUUGGUGAUCAGAGUGGAUUGCCUGUGAGAAGUAAGGAGCGGAAACCAAUUCUGAUUGACAAGUUUGCCACAAAAAAACCAGCGGUUGAUCCUGUGAUUGCUCAGGUGGUCUUGGCCCCAACAAAACCUGGAAAGGGUCCUGCCCCUGGAAAAUUUAAGGAUGAUUAUCGUAAGAAAAAUUCUUCUGCUGGAGCUCGGAGGCGGAUUGUUGAAGAUGAUGAUGAGAUUAUUGAUGAGGAGACAGCUGAACUCAAUGUCUCCAUUCCAGGUGCUGCAAGGAAAGGGAGGAAGUGGAGUAAAGCUAGCCGAAAGGCAGCUAAACUUAAGGCUGCCAAAGAGGCGGCUCCUGUCAAAGUUGAAAUUCUUGAGGUUGGGGAGAAAGGUAUGCUGAUCGAGGAGUUAGCCGAAAACUUGGUAAUCAGUGAGGGUGAAAUUCUUGGGUACCUGUAUUCAAAGGGGAUUAAGCCUGAUGGGGUUCAAACACUGGACAAAGAUAUAGUGAAGAUGAUAUGUAAGGAGUAUGAAGUGGAAGUCUUAGAUGCUGAUCCUUCUAAAAUGGAAGAAAUGGCUAGGAAGAAGGAGAUUCUUGAUGACGAAGAUCUGGACAAACUGGAAGAUAGGCCUCCUGUUCUUACAAUUAUGGGCCAUGUGGACCAUGGAAAGACAACCCUCUUGGAUUAUAUCCGUAAAACCAAGGUGGCUGCCUCGGAAGCAGGGGGGAUCACACAGGGAAUUGGAGCAUACAAGGUGUUAAUACCUGUUGAUGGCAAGCUACAACCAUGUGUUUUCCUUGAUACGCCUGGGCAUGAGGCAUUUGGGGCUAUGAGAGCUCGUGGAGAGUUACAGACAUUGCAUGUCAUUGUAGUGGCUGCUGAUGAUGGGAUCCGCCCUCAAACAAGGGAGGCAAUAGCACAUGCAAAGGCAGCUGGUGUACCAAUUAUAAUUGCUAUAAAUAAGAUUGAUAAAGAUGGAGCUAAUCCUGAAAGAGUCAUGCAAGAUCUGUCUUCAAUUGGUCUCAUGCCAGAAGACUGGGGUGGUGACAUCCCAAUGGUUCAGAUCAGUGCUUUGAAGGGUGAGAAUGUAGAUGAUUUGUUGGAAUCCAUAAUGCUUGUUGCAGAGUUACAAGAGUUAAAAGCUAAUCCUCACAGAAAUGCAAAGGGCACUGUUAUUGAGGCUGGUCUGCAUAAAUCUAAAGGGCCAGUUGCAACAUUUAUUGUGCAAAAUGGGACUCUUAAAAGAGGGGACAUUGUAGUUUGUGGGGAAUCCUUUGGAAAGGUGCGUGCUUUGUUCGAUGAUGGUGGGAGUCGUGUUGAUGAGGCUGGGCCUUCUAUACCUGUACAGGUUAUUGGACUGAAUAGUGUUCCAAUUGCUGGUGAUGAAUUCGAGGUUGUUGAUGAACUUGAUAUAGCGCGUGAAAGGGCAGAAGCACGUGCAGAGGCACUGCAUAAUGAUCGAAUUUCAGUUAAAGCUGGGGAUGGGAAGGUCACACUUUCUUCCUUGGCUUCUGCAGUCUCAGCAGGAAAGCUGUCUGGAUUGGACUUGCACACUCUGAAUAUCAUUCUGAAGGUUGAUCUUCAGGGAUCCAUUGAGGCUGUCAGACAAGCCCUGCAAGUGCUCCCACACGAUAAUGUCACUUUGAAGUUUCUCUUGCAAGCAACUGGGGAUGUUGGCUCUAGUGAUGUCGAUCUUGCAGUAGCAAGCAACGCUGUUAUUUUGGGUUUUAAUAUCAAAGCACCUGGAUCUGUUAAGUCUUAUGCAGAUAACAAAGGUGUUGAGAUUCGACUUUAUAGAGUUAUCUAUGAUCUUAUUGAUGAUGUGAGAAAUGCAAUGGAAGGACUGCUUGAACCUGUUGAGGAUCAAGUACCAAUUGGCUCAGCUGAAGUUCGGGCCAUCUUCAGGAGUGGCAGUGGUCGUGUUGCUGGAUGCAUGAUAACAGAGGGAAAAGUAACGAAGGGCUGUGGCAUUCGGGUCACAAGAAACGGAAAGUCAGUCUAUGUGGGUGUGCUUGAUUCUUUGAGACGGGUUAGGGAAAUUGUAAAAGAGGUAAGUACUGGAUUAGAGUGUGGUAUUGGGGCAGAAGAGUUUGAUGAUUGGGAGGUAGGAGACAUUAUCGAGGCCUUCAACUCUGUUCAAAGGAAAAGGACCCUUGAAGAGGCAUCAGCUUCAAUGGCAGCUGCACUAGAAGGAGCAGGAAUUGAAGUGUAGAGAAAGUCAUGUGGGUUUAAGUAAAAUUGUUAUUGCUCAAUGAAUUCAUAUGCCCUCAUUCUGAACGGGGAAUAACGCUGACAAAGUCCAGUCGGUGAUACGAAUUUUCCCAGAAAGGUAAAAUAUGGAUCAGUUUUUGCCACAUGAUUUAUUUGCAGGUGUGGUGAGCUGAGGAUUCAAGGCUGGAGUAACUUUAUAAAAUUGUUGUACAUAAUAAUGUAUGCCAAAUUAGAGCUUGUUUCUGUAAAGAGAGAACACUCAAGCUGCUCAGUAUUUUCCAUUGUGGGAAUUAUUUUGUAACACAGAAUGCUAAAAUCCAAAGGAAAAGAAAAUUGAAUCCC